CAUUUUUUGCAGCCACGACUUGCCAUCCUGCAUCUCCGAUUUCUUUUGUCAUUCCUUCAGAAAGCCACCCCUCGGCCGAACCGACCACACACAUCCGACUUUCAACGUCAUUUGAACAUCUCUGCAGAAAAUACAAUCUAAAAACAAAACCCUUUACCGCAACCGCCGCACCGCCGCACUGCCCAAAAUGGCCGCCAUACUUGACCUCCUCAAUAUUGCUUGGACACGCUUCAGCACCAAUCUGCGCGGCACGCUCGACGGCAUGAGCACCGAGAAGUGGAUACGCCUUGUCAUCAUCGUUGGCGCCUACUGUCUUCUGCGUCCUUAUCUGAUGAAGCUGGCCGGCAACUCGCAGAUGAAGCAGCACGAUACUAGGCCCGAGGACGAGUGGCUCGGCCCGAAAGCAAAGGUCCAACCCAAUACCCUGCGCGGGCAGGUCGAAAUCCCCGAGGACAGCGAUGAUGAGGCCGCCGAGGUCACCGGCUCGACAACGGCCACCGAGUGGGGCAAGAAGGCGCGCAGGAGGCAGCGUGAAGUGCUGAAGAAGUUGAUUGACGUUGAGGAAAAGAGACUCGCGGAGCUGCAGGAGGACGACGAGGACAAGGACAUUGAAGAGUUCCUGGUCAAGGAGUAAGAUAUGUUACUAUUGUUGGGGCGGUACUUGUCGGCGUUUGGGCUCCAACGGUCGUUUAGCAUCAUUAAUAUCAAUACGGUGCUUUUUGACUAUCCUAUAUGACCAACAGAAUAGUUGUCGUGGCGAGGCGAGACAGUCACUCGAGGGCUGUGAAAUCAUUGUAUCUUGCGAAGAGAACGACAGCAUCUUGUCCCGACCGCGUUGGUCAGCUUUCGUCAUUGGGCGUUGGAUGGGAAUCCCAGGUGCUGCCUGUCUGCAGGUAUCCCAAAGAGGGUCCAGCAGACCUUGCGCAAAUCUUUGAUUGACAAUCACAUAAAUUCAACAAAGCCUCGCU